GAAAUUCAGAGUUAAUCCUGGUUCUGGAGUUUUGAUCAAACCAGACAAGUGAAAGGACCCACAAGCAUCAGCAAACAAUCUGGGCAUUUUAAACAACCUGCUAACAAGCUUUUGACUUAUUUCAGUGGGAGUUAGACCUGGCUGUGGAGUUAAUUUAUCUGGACACAAACAAUUCUUCAGUUCAUUUCAGGAGCUGUUUAGAUUCAAGUCCUGGUUUUGGUCAUCAAAACAACCUGCUAAAUAAUCUUUUGCAAUUGUUAUUUCCUGAGCUGUUAAAUGUUUGAGUUAAUCCUGAAUCUCUUCAAAACAAAAACCCGACUAAGGAAAACCUGAGGAUCUCGUGGACGUUCUUCAGCCUACAUUUGUUUGAAUGGAUUUGAAGAGCUCGAUGUCGUAAAUUUGGAUCUCCGAGGAGUCUCUGCGUGAAAGGCGACGGCGACGAGGUCUUCUGACGUUUGGCAAGUCUCAUGGUUCAGAUGCUUCAUUGUGAGGAGCCACAACCACAUCGGGACAUGGCUAUAAUGGGCUAAAUAACUGGACAGCAGGGCGUUUUAGAUGUGUCAGCGAAAGUCUUCACAGCGGGAUAGAAAGCACAUCUCUGUGCUGGCCUGAUAGAGACUUCCAGAGCUGCUUGUGUGAGAAUUAGGGUGUUUUUUCUUCAGACAUUCAGAACAGAUAAAAGCAGAAGAGUGGCCCGCUGUUAAAGAAAGAAACCCUCGACUGACCGUGCAAAUGGAAGAGAUAAUUAGCUUUUUCAACACGAACAUCAGAGGAGAAAUCAGACAGCUUUCAGAACUCAUCUGAACCCUUCAUGGACUUUGGGAAAAGAGAAUUUUAUUAGUUUGUUUGCCUUUAACACCACAAAACCAAAGUCUGCAGACAAGCUGUCCGAGAGAGAACAGUUAGAGUUGAUUGACUAUCAGUUUCCCACAGUUUUGGAAGGGAAUAAUAAUUUAAAAGUAAAGUUUUUCAGAGUUUGAAAAGUUCAUGGAAGGCAAACUUUGUUCAGCGCAGUUUGUCUGAAUGUUAAAGGCUGAUAUUCUUUGAUGUUGAAUCAUUAAUAAGAAAGUUUUUGAUUCAUUUUUUAUAGCAAAAGGCUGAAAAGUUCAACGACAGCAGUUCAUUCUUUUUCUCUCCCGUCACAGAUCUCUCUGUCAAACAUCAAGCAUGUCUUUUUCCAGUGUUCAGGACAGAUCAGAGCAGCGAAAACGUCUUCUGACACCAACAAAGUGUUUUUCUUCUUUCUGACAUCACGGACGCUUUCCUGCAUCUGUUUUUCUUUCUCAUGAGGAACUCUUCUCCAAUAUCACGGACGCUUUCCUGCAUCACAGCGUUCUGGAUAUUUUGGAUUUCUCCCUCUUUCUUUUUGCAACACGAAGAGGUUCUUUUGUUGGAUGUUUUGAAGUUUGUUGUCGUUUGAGCUGGACGUGGUGACGACCGCAGAGACUUCAGACGCCACGAGGAAGUGACGUGAGGACAACAUCGCGGGGAGGUCUGCUGCGAGUGUGUACAAGUGUGUGUGCACGCUGUACAGAGCGUGUUUAUGUGCACGAGAGAGAGUGUGUGUGGGACUCCAACAGAAAGAGGGUGUGAAGUUGCGUGUUUGCAUGUGUGUGCAGCUGGUUGUGCAUUUGAGUGUGUGUGUGUGUGUGUGUGUGUGUGUGUGGACACAUCACACUGCGACGGCGACGCAGCUACUUCUGAGUUAUUUCCUGUUGCUCAACGCUUGAUGAAUUGUUGAAAGGACAAAAUCUCAACAUGAACAAACAAAAUUUCCAGAUAUUUCCCACGGAGAUGCUGCCGAGCCGAGCCGGAGGCCGGGCCAGUCCAGUCUGUCUGGAACAUGUUGCCCUGAUUGGAUGAUUACAGACGGCUCUCUUCUUCUGCUGCUUCUGUUUUUCAGCAGAGUUUUACCCUGAACUAUUUGGCCUUUGCUGUUCGAGGACACAGUUUUCAUUGAGACCAGUGAGUCUGGGAGAAACUGAGAGAAAGGCCUCGAUGGUGAUGGAUGUUUUACAUUACUGAACACAUAUUUUUGGAUUACAGCAGUUAUUUCUACCUUACCUGAUUGCAGAGCAUCAUGGGAGAUGUGAAGGCACCACCGCCCGAUGUUUGGUUCCUAACUGUCGCAAGACACGCUGACAGUGUAAUUCAUUUCUUUAACACAAAAAGACUCUUCUGUAUUUGAUCAAACAUGAGACUUGACAUUCGUGUAACAAUAAGAACGUUUUUGACUCGAGCUCAUGAGUAUUUAUCCUCCUUUCUGUCCAACUUGCAAGUUUUUUAGGGGAUUAUUUAACUUUGUCGAACUAAAAAUAACUUUUCUCGAGGCUAUAAAAUUUAGCAUUUUAUUGCCAGACCAAAUGUUUCAGAAGCUGGAGCUCCGCAGCAUCUUUUUUUAGUGAGACCACUGCAGCAGUUCAGAAGAGCUCGGUCACUUUUUGGCAGAGGAGGCUUUCGUGCAGACGCCGACCACCACCAUGCUCCCUGGAGGACUGGUGUCGGGUGGAGGGGGUCGGGGCGGCGGGCUGUGUCUGCUCCGGUGGCUGGGCCUCAGGCUGUGGUCCCGCCGGGGGACCCUGGUGUUCGCUCUGCUCUGGUUCGGCUCCUGGUUGUUUCUUAACGGGCUGGUUCUGGUCCACAGGAGCAUCCUCUCCGACUACUGCACCGACGACAAGAGUAAGAGGAUCCUGCAGAGGCUGUGUCUGGACUUCGGCGAGGGCUCGGUGACGGGGGACAUGUGUGAGGACCUGUGUGUGCUCGGCCUGAUCGAGUACAAGCGCUGCCUCUAUUACGAGAACGGGAAGAAGGUGAUCGAGGCGCGCUGGAGAGGAAACCCCGUCAUUCUCAAGUCUAAACUGGAGAACUUCUCCUCCUACGAGCCACUGGGAAUACUGGACUACCAGGACACAGCAGAGGAGCUCUCCCCUCUUGAUGUGGUGUUCUACGCCACUUUGGAAGUACGAAACUCUCUGGGGCUGGCUGAGGAGGACGAGGAUGAAGAAGGAGGAGGAAAUAACAGCUCUCUGGCCAGAUUUUGGGGGAAGAAGUUGAAAAACAGAGAUAAGAGUUACUCCAGAGCCGAGCUGGCCUCACUCUGGUCUCUGCUGCAGCAGGAGGAGUACACCUUCCUCAGAGUCCUGCAGGACCUCAGCCCCCACGUGGCCAAGGUGUUGGGCUCCUGCGGUCACUUCUACGCUGUGGAGUACCUGUCUGCCGGACACGCCUGGGACCAGAACAUCUUCUCCCUGGAGGAGGUGGUUGUUUCUGGGCUGCAGGGUCAGGGUCAAGCCGGACAGGGAGCCCGCGGGAGGUGGACCGCCAGGGAGAUGGUGCAUCGCAUCGCGCUGAGUUUUCUGGACAUGGUGUGGCACUUUGACAACGACUUCACCCACAAACUGCACCUCUGUGACAUCAAACCGGAGAACUUUGCCAUCAGGAAGGACCUGACGGUCGUAGCGAUCGACGUGGACAUGGCGUUCUUUGAGCCGAAGAUGAGGGACAUCCUGGAUCAGAACUGCAGCAGCGAUGACGACUGUAACUUCUUCGACUGUUCGUCCAGGUGCAACCUGAACAAACGCAGGUGCAGCCCCCGCCGCAGGAACAGCAACCUGCAGGUGAUCUGUGAGAAGAUCUUCCGGCCGUGGUUUUCUCCCACACUGCUCGGGGCCAAAGCAGGGCUCCCUCUUCAGGUGGAGCUGCAGAGAGCGGUGCAAGAGUGUUCGGAAACAGUAGGAGGCGUGGAGCAGAGAGAAGACGAUGAGACGGGUCAGAGCAGGGGCGUCCAUCAGCGUCUCCUUAAAAUCCUGACCCGCCUCCUCCAGGAGGGAGGGGCUUCGGGGGAAGGAGGAGGGGCCUGGGAGGGGAAAGGCCACAUCCACACUGCACUGAACUUCUGAGAAGGUGAAGUGAAGACUGGUGUCCUUCUACAGUCUCUGACAGUCAAACAUAAACUAUAAAUAAAUGCUGUAUGGCCCAAAGUAUGUGGACAACACUUUCUAUGUGUACUCUUGGUCUGGGUCGGGUUUUCCCGGUUUGGGCCUCUUAGUUCCAAUGAUGGGAAACCCAAAGCAGCUCCAUAAAGAAAUGGUGAAGAGCUUGACUGCUCUGCACAGAGCCCCCGACCUCAACCCCAUCCAUCAUGUUUCGGGGGAACUUGAACACCGACUGUGAGCCAGACCUGAUCAACAGGUUCAACAUCUGCUGGAGAGACUGAAACCAGAAGGAGGCUGGCGGGUAUGACAAACUAGAAUCUAUAUCCCACCAUCCGCUGUUUGUUGUACACAAAGUCUUUGGAUUUCAUGUCACUUUGGAUUUGGUCACAAUGAAUGUGGAAACAUCCAGAGCAGGCCUGGAGGUCUGAGUGAGAGUGAUGCCUUCAGUGUCUCCUCAUCUGAGGAGUAUAUUACGGAUCCAGUCUACGAGGAUCCUCUCUUCUUAUCCAGUUAGUCUCAGUGAGAUUUAAAAAACCUCAGUCGUUUGAGAUACAAGCUGCAGAUGUAACACCGUAGUAAAUGUAUUAAUCACUAAUUAUAUCAAUGAAUAGGUAAAAAUGACUAAUGGCUUCCUUCGUUGGUGUUGGAGCUCAACAUUGGGCAAGAUUUGGGCUUUGAAGGAUUCCCUUCCAAACAGUUCAGUUUACACACAACUCUACAUUAGAAUAUUUCCCCAUAACAUACAGCAUCUUUAUUCUGUACAUUUGACCAGUAAUUCAUUUUGGUUAAAUCCACAAUGGUCCAAAUAAAUCUUCUUCUCUUACCUUUAGUUGAGAGUAAUGCUACAACGAGGGUCACCAGUCCUGCAGGGACAAAAUAUAAGGUCAGUUUGUUGACAGGUCUCAGACCCUGCACAGUCCUCCACAUUCGUUAUUCUAAUCAUAAAAAUGUUUUCAAUCUGGAUCAAUAAUCUGAAUCCACAUAGUUAAAGACGAGCAUGCUGACAGUCUGAAAGCAGUUGUCUGGGACUAUUAGGGUCAGAGUUUGUGAACUCGUCAUCUAAAUUUGGUUAUAACUGAACAGUAUCUUCAAGAGUUACAUCAGUUUUAGGCAGAUUUGGUCGAGCCAACAUGGAUCUGACAGUUACAAAAAAAGUAUGGAAUAUCAAAAGGUCAAAAAAACUAAAUGUUAUGCGUCUAAGGCUACAUCCACACUGCUACGUUUCUGUUUUAAAUCGCAGCACUUUGUGCCUCAUUUACGCCUGCCGUUCAGACUAAAAAGGUGAAUCUGAACAGCUAAAAUGGAGAAAUUUGAAAACUUUUUAUAAACUUCGUGGUAGUGUAUUAGUGUGUACAGGUAAAAAUGGAGAAGUUUGAAAACACUAAAUAACUAAAUACCAAGUAACACUUGUACUGUGCAUAUCGCCAUAUUUACUUUGCGAUGACUCCCAGUCUGUUUUCUGCCACCACAGUCGCCUUGUACUCCCGUGUUACUUUCAGCACCAGUUCCACCUCAUUGUCGGUCCAUGCUAAAAAAUCUCUGGUGUGGUUUGUCAUCGUCUGUAGCAGAUUCUUCUUUCUAAUUAUUCACUUCAAUUCUGCUCCUUUAUGGCCUCCGUAGAUAUCACACAAACUGAUGAAGAUUGGACAAAGAUAUUUUAAAGAAAUUGUAGGAAAAAUCUAAAUGGUAGAACAUCUUAAGACCAAACAAAGCCAAGGAAUCCAGCGGAAAAAUGUACUCACAGUUUAGGAAAACAUAUAGUGCUUUAUAAAGGCAACAGGCGUCCUUAAACUUAAAAAAAUUUCUUUACUCGCGGCCUAACCUUCCUCCAAAUCUUGAUAAACCUGUUACUGAUGUUUUGUGAACUCCUGCAAACCAACAGACCUUCUUGGCGGUGAUAAUUACAGAUUCUUACAUCAUGGCGUUGUAGGAUCUGUGCUGCAGUAACGAUAUGGAAGAACAUCAAUGUCAUCUGUCUCCGGUCCACACACCAGCAAAGCACUUUAAUUAGGAUUUCUUUCUCCGACUGUUCAUUCGUGUGUCUGUGUUUAUGUCUGGGGUCGGACUGGGUCACAUGGGUGCUGUGAUAUCGCUGAGUCAGCUUAAUUGUAAUGUACAGUGACUAAAUGGUCUCUCCAGGACCAGGCUUGUGUAAAUAGACAAACUAAAUAAAGGUACUGUGAUGUUUGAUUUCAUAUGCAGAGAUCAGUUGAAUAAUAAAAUCUUCAGAACAUGUGCAUACA